AUGAUGAACAAUAGUUGGGUUAUCAGCUUGUUGUUAGAAGUGAAAGCGGAGUUACCAAAAAAAUAUUAUAAAAUAUCUAAAGACGGUUCGUAUCAAGCCCAUAUGGCCGGCAAACGAAAAUUCAUUGUUAUAGAAGGAAUAGAUCGAUCUGGAAAAUCUACGUUAUGCAGAAAGCUUGUGGAAAGGUUGAAAGAGACAGCAACGAACAGCAGUCCGGUGCUCAUAAAUUAUCCUGACAGAACGACUACGAUAGGCAAAUUGGUAAAUCUGUACCUGAAGAAGCAAAUAACAUUCAAUAAAGAGACAAGCCAUCUACUAUUUUCUGCUAAUAGGUGGGAGAAGAACGAAGAAGUGAAGAAGCUGCUAAAAGAUCACGUUGUUAUAUGCGACAGGUAUUUUUAUUCGGGAAUAGCGUACAGUAUCGCACUAGGCGUUGAUGAGAAAUGGGCGCGUGAACCGGAUAGAGGAUUGAUUGAACCCGAUAUUCUUGUGUUCCUGGAUGUGCAACCGCAUAGAACGGUCACGAGAGAGGAUUUUGGUGAGGAGAUCUACGAUAACCUGGAUAUUCAAGAGAAAAUUUACCUGCAGUUGAAAAAAUGUUGCUCAGAAUCUAAAAAUUGUGUGGUUAUUGAUGGUCACAAAAGUGUUGAAGAGGCGGUUAAUGAGGUCUAUGAUUUAUUAAAACCUUUUAUCUAAGGUUUGAACCCCACUACGUUGUUUAUCUUUUGAUGUGAUUGCAGAACAAAUAUAAAUUGAAGUCUCUGUGGCAAAGAAAAAAUUACAAUACGUUACAACUUAAGUUUCAAUCAUACCGGGUGUAAGGAACAA